UGAACAACGCGGGUGUGGGGCUGAUGGGGCCCCUGGAGAGCGCCACGGGGCCGCAGGUUCAGCGCGUGUUCGACACCAACGUCUUUGGGGUUCUGCGCCUGACCCAGGCCCUGCUGCCCCAAAUGAAACAGCGGCGCAGCGGCCACAUCGUGGUGGUCAGCAGCGUCAUGGGGCUGCAGGGUGUUCCAAACCUUCGGCCAGAGCCCCGAGCUCGUGGCGUUUUUUUUGUGUUUUUCGGGGGUGUUCCCCGCCAGGUGUUCCAAACCUUCGGCCAGAGCCCCGAGCUCGUGGCGCAGUGUUCCCUGCCCGCGUCCCGCCAGGUGUUCCAAACCUUCGGCCAGAGCCCCGAGCUCGUGGCGCAGGCCAUCGUGUCGGUGAUCGGCGCCCCCCGCCCCCCGUUCCGGACCCCCACCAACCCCCUCUACUCGCCGCUGCUGGCGCUGAAAUUCCGGGAU